GAAGUCCGACUGACUUGGCGUCGUACCAAACGACGGGUAAAAGAUGGCGUCCGGUGUUCCACGAUCAGGAUGCUUUGAGGUGUUCAUUCGACAACAGUGGUGCUCGGUGAGUGUCACGCUGAACGAGGAGUCUCUGACCCUGACGCUUACAGAAAAUCCCGAGCAGACAAAUUCAUACAAUGGAACGUUAGAAGCUUCUUGUCAUGGAUAUGUCAACGGUGGUCCAGAGUUACCUGAGAGCAUAGCUGGUCAGAAGAGGUUCGUGCGAGUGGUGAAGGAAGAACAAAACGGACUCGGCAUCAGCAUAAAGGGAGGAAAAGAAAAUAGAAUGCCGAUUCUUAUAAGCAAGAUUUUUAAAGGAAUGGCGGCUGACAAGACAGAAAAGCUGUAUGUCGGAGAUGCAAUUAUUUCUGUGAAUGGAGAAGAUCUUCGGGAUGCUACCCACGAUGAUGCCGUGCGGGCCCUCAAGAGGGCAGGCAAAGUAGUGGAGAUGGAAGUGAAAUAUCUAAGGGAAGUAACUCCAUACUUCAAGAAGUCCUCACCACUCAGUGACCUAGGAUGGGGCACACACGAUUCAGCUCAGAAGGAUGGAGCCAAAGCAAAUUGGUCGGAGACAAAAACUAUUCCACUAAAACUUUGUUACCUGUGUCGCAAUCUAACCAUGAAUGAUCCAGAGAAACGUACACUUGAGUUGCAUUCACCAGAUGGAAAAGGUCUUUGUGCCUUGAGGUUUCCUGAUCCUGCUACUUGCAGUGACUGGUUCAAUGCUAUCCACUCCAAUGUUAUGCUUUUAAAUCAACAGGCCAUUGCAGAGGCUAAUCAGAUUAUUAGCUCAGCUCCUAACCAACGACAGAUUCGCCAUAUGGGAUGGCUAGCUGAGCAGUUACCCAGUGAUAGUGGGACUACUUCUUGGAAGGCAGUAUUUUUGGCACUAACAGAUAAAGAUGUGCUUCUGUAUGACACAGCACCAUGGAGCAAGGAAGAAUGGGCCACCCCAUUCCAAGACCACCAGCUUCUUGCUACAAGAUUGGUUCAUUGUGGCAAACAAAACAGUCACUUUGGAGGAGCAGAUGUUCUGACAUUUGGUACAAGAUCAGGAACAAGAAAUGGUGUUGAGACACAUAUUUUUCGUGUAGAGACUCAACGAGAUUUGGCUUAUUGGUCUCGAGCAUUUGUCCAAGGCUCUCACGGAGCAGCCCUUCUUAUCAGAGAGGUCACAUGUUCUGUCAAGUGGAAAGACAAGAAAUGUAGGCUUCUAGUUCAUUAUGAGAAUGGUUUCACACUGACAGAAGAAAGGGAAGAUGAUUCAGGAACAGGAGGGACACACCCUUCCCCUACUAUUCUGUGGCAGUAUCCAUAUGAAAAGUUACGCAUGUCUGCUGAUGAUGGGCACCGUCUUCUGUGGUUGGACUUUACUGAUGAUGGUGAACAGGAACUUGACUUGAAUACAUGUCCGAAGCCAAUUGUGUUUAUCAUUCACACUUUCCUGUCAGCCAAAGUCAGUCGUCUGGGACUUAUUGCCUGAGCUGGUGAGCCUGGAUACCCACAAGAGAAUAAAUUACUCAUUCACAUUCUUGGUGCUAAUGCAGUCUGUAGUACAGAGAGUCUUCAGCUGGUACAUUGGUAGGUUAAAAAUUCCAUGGACUGUGGUAAUAUUUCUACUAUGCUGGUUAUCACAUUUGAUCAGAGGUGAGCAGCAGAAGAGUUCUGGCUUGCUGAAACUGCCAUAAACACAAAAAGCAGAGCGUUGGUAAAUGCAGAUUGUUGGAAGGCCAAGAAGUUCUGCAGUUUUUGCACAAAAAAGGCAGUUGCAGUGGUGUGUUGCCCCAAAAUGCACUACAGCUGUUGGAUAUUGAAAGGAUUACCAGGAUGAUAUGGAGCGAGCAGAAGUUCUUUUAAGAAAUAGUGUGUGCUUGCAUGUACAUGGGCCAGGUCUCUGUGUGUGUGUGUGUGAGUGAGAGGGAGCGUGUAUAUUGGUGCAAGUAUAAACAUCUGCUACAUCCUCAAAGGUAGCAACAUAGUAUUAAUGAAACGCAGUGUAGAAUGUGAUGGUUAUAAGUUUUUCUUUAAGGAAUUAAUUUUCUAAAAGGAUGUCAGUAAAUAUGAGCUACUGCUCUAAUUGCAGAAACCCCCUUUUUUUUAAAAUCAGUGUUUGAUGGUUAGUGUCAUAAUUUGUAUUGCUUGCCAUCCAAAGUUUUUCCCCCAUGGUUUCUCUCAGGUUUUUGCCUGUUUUGCUGUAGACUGUGUUUAUUUGAUUUUUCUAACAGUCUGUUGCUGGUUUGUAUUUGUGUUCAGUGCUGAUUUUGAUUAUUGAAUAUUUUGUGGAUUCCCCUUCCCCCAGAUAUUUGUAUGUUCAUAAAAUGCUGCAAAUGAUGUAUGAUUUCACAGUGGUGCUUAUGUUAAAAAGAUUUCUUCUGUAUGUGGCCUAACCUUCUGUCCAUGCUCACAUAUUCUGAUAUUUAAUUUUCUUUUUUUUUACAAGCUGUAAUAUGCAUUUUGUGCCUUGCUUUUUGUGUAGUAUUUCAUUUUAUUGGUCUAAAGGUCCAGGCUUAACCUGUGUGACAGCAAGGAAACAAAACUAUAGUUCUGCUGCAUACUAUAUCAUGUCUAAUAAAAAGCUAAACCACGGACUGGUUCAGUAACCUCUUCAUGUGAAAAGCAUUUAGGUAAAGUGCUAUGUCUUUUUGGUGUCUUUUCAAGUAGAUGUUCAUCUUUUCAAGAAAAGGCAGUUAUAUAAUUUCUUAUGCAGAGAAUUAAUAUCAAAUUUCAUAAUUUAUCUGACUUUUGGAUUAAACAGGUUUAUUGUGCCAUUGGAAAUUAGUUUUAAAGCAAAAACACUCCAAGUACCAUAUAAUGCAAAAAACCUUGUAAGAGCUUCCACCCACACUGUAGUAAAAAUUUCAAAUACUAAAUGUUAAGUUUAUCAGAAUGGAGUGCAGCAUCUUUAUAGAUACAUCAUGUUACAUUUAAUUUAAUGAUCAGAUUUUUAAUAUACGUUUUUUAAAUUAAAUAAUUUACUCGUGCUUAUGCCACUUUUUACUCAGUUACAAAAAUAUCCACUUCUUCCAGUGACCAGCAACUAUGUUGUCAGUCCAUUAUGCCCUACUCCCUCCCCUUCCAAUAGUUGCAGCAAUUUAAACAUCGUAUGAUUACAUGCUGAACUGCAUGACAGUUCAAAAUGUAAGCAGAAUGUUACAAUUCCUUUUCUUGAAGAUGAUGGUAGUAAUGACCAGCAGUUACAUUCUUUGUUCAGGGCUGUACAAAUUUGGUGAAAUUUAUUGCUUUCUUUUCAAUAUCCUUAUUAAAUGGUCUGUUCUUAAAAGAUUAUUUUAUGCAGUUUGUAGCAUAACAGUCUUUUGUAUAGACUUAAGUCCUGUCUUAGAAACUCUUGCAGAAAAGCAUUACAUCAGUUUGCUUUUAUCAGUUGAUGAGUAUGGUUUAAUGCACUGUUAUAUUUUAACUGAUCUGAAUAGCUAUUUGUAAUCCUGACAUUUGCCAGAUGUUUAAACUGAUGUCUUAAGUAAUUUAAGCUAGAGAUUUGGAAAUUAGACUAUUGUUACAUGUAUUAUGAUAACAGUCCCUGCUUUUACAAAUACAGUCAGUAUCUUGA